GUCAGCGCGCUCGGGAGCCGCCCUCGGCGGCGGGGCAGGAAGUGCUGGAGUCCAGGGAAUCAGAAUCCUCCCAUGGCGAGCCCGGGACGCGCGCCCUGGCGGCUGCCGCUCCUCGCGCUGCUGCUGCUGCUGCCCCUGGGGCGGGCGGCGGACGCCGGGUGGGGCGGGGAGGGCAGCAGCCCGCGGCUGCAGAGCAUCUUCCUGGGCCGCUGCGCCGAGUACAUCACGCUGCUGAGCCCGCAGCCCGGGGACAAGAACUGCACAGCCAUCUGGGAAGCCUUCAGAGUGGUGCUGGACAAAGAUCCGUGCUCUGUGCUCCCCUCGGACUAUGACCUCUUCAUUAACCUGUCUAGGCACCCCAUUCCCAGAGACAAGUCCCUGUUCUGGGAAAAUAACCACCUCCUCGUUGCUGGCUAUUCGGAGAACACCCGUCGCUUUAUGCCUCUGUGUGAUGUUCUGUAUGGUCGGGUUGGAGAUUUCUUGAGUUGGUGUCGACAGAAAAAUGCCUCUGGACUCGAUUACCAAUCCUGCCCUACGUCAGAAGACUGUGAAAACAACGCUGUGGAUUCCUACUGGAAGAGGGCCUCCAUGCAGUAUUCAAGGGAUAGUUCUGGGGUGAUCUAUGUGAUGUUGAAUGGUUCAGAGCCAAAAGGAGCCUAUCCCAUCAAAGGUUUUUUUGCAGAUUUUGAAAUUCCCUACUUGCAGAAGGAUAAAGUCACACAAAUAGAGAUCUGGGUCAUGCAUGAAAUCGGAGGACCUAAUGUGGAAUCCUGUGGAGAGGGCAGCGUGAAGAUCCUGGAAGACAGACUGGAGGCCCUGGGCUUCCGGCACAGCUGUGUUAACGAUCACACACCAGUGAAGCUCCUGAUGUGCGUGGAUCACAGCACUCAUCCUGACUGCGCCUUCGCCUCGUCAGCGAUGGCGGCGGCUGAGAGAGGAGCCCCGCCUCGUUCUACAGCACACAGCUCCACCCUCCUCGCGGCUCUGUUAGUGGCUUUGGCUUCAGGCUCCCAGAUGUGAUCUCAGCUGUGCUGUUUUAGCAGCUGCCAGCCACACCUGCCUGUGCUGUCUUCCGUCCCGCUCUGCAUUUGCCAAGCAAUCCUGUUCCCCAAAGAUGCUUCUGUCUGGUAAAAUGAUGUCCUGAGGUCAUUUUUCAGUGCUUUUCAUGCUCAGGAUUCUGGAAACAAGGAACUAAUUUAGUCCUGUUUGCAGGUUAAAUCUGUGGCCUUAAAAUUAAACCAAUUUUUGAUUUUCUUGCUUUUAUGAUAGUGCCAAGUCUUGAGACCCCCCAAGUGCUGCAUAAUCUUUUUAAAAAAAUUUUUAUUUUUUUGGUACCAGGGAUCAAACUCGGGACCUUGUACUUGUGAGGCAGGCAGUGGCACCACUGAGCUAACUCCAUGGUCCCUUGCAUAACCUUAUACAAUCAAAUAUUUAGAGGGGCCGGGGAUUUAGCUCAGUAGUUACAUCACCUACCUUGCUAGCGCAAGGACCCAAGUUCAAUCCCCAGUACCCAAAAAAAAAAAAAAAAUUUAGAAAAUUCUAAUAGAACAGUAUUUUGUAUUUUCAGUAUUUUUCUGUAUCUCCAGAAGUGUACAAUGCAGGGUGGUUGAUAUAUGUAUACCAUAUAAUAUAUACAUAUAUAUCAGAUAUGCAAAUACUUCCAUCUAAAGAGAUUUAUUUAAAGGCUACAUAUGGUAAGGAAACAAUCCAAAUGUCCAAUAAUAUUUACAUAUUUAUUGGAACUGUUUAGACCUGCUUGCCUAAGCUUUGGUGUAGCUGUAGGAUGGAAUAUCAUCCAAAAGUAAAAGUCAUGCGUAUCAAUGCAGAUGGCCUUGAACUGGGGAAUAGAUAAAUUAACUGGGUGCAUCUCCACAAUGGAAUAGUGCUCAGCGGUGAAAAGUGAUUAACUCUUGAUAACGCCUGCAGCAGCAUGGAUGAAACUCAAAUCAUUAUGCGAAGGGGAAGAUGCCAGACCAAACGACUGUGCACUGUGUGGCUCCGUGUGUACAGCCUUCUGGGAGGGGCAGAGCUGUAGGAAAGAGAGCAGGUCAGGAGCUGCUGGGGAGAGGGGAACGGGUGUCAGGACGAGGCAGAGGGGCCAAGUUAGAGGGACAGGGAGCGAAGUCCUGGUCUGGUCUGUACCUUGAUGGUGGUGGCUUGGUACACGAAUCUGUGUAUUUUCAUCACUCUCAGAGCUAUACAUCAAAAAGAAUAAAUCUCACUGUAUUUAAAUGAAAGGAAAUGUCUUCAAAGAGUAUUUAAUAAUAUAGGAAAACUGUCAGUGAUAAGUGAAAAAAUACUACAUAGGUUAUAAAGCUAUUAUACAAUUCAGUUGUUUGAAACAAUACAGAUUAAUUAAUUUUUUGGUUUUUUGGAAACAGGGUCUUACUGUGUAGUUCAGGCUGGCUUUGAACUUAUGGUGAACCUCCUGCCUCAGCCUCCUGAGUGCUGGGAUUACAGGCUUGUACCACUGUUAUCGGAAUCUCCUGGUUUUUGAAUUUCCUGGAUGGCUACACCAAAAUGCUACCUGGUACCUUCUUAAAGUGGCUUGCCAAAUAAAUAUUAUUGGAUUUUA